AUGGCAGCAGAGAAGCAGGGAGCAGAGUCAGGCGGACCAGACAAGGAGGUGCAGGAUCGCAGGCAGAGGCGUAGUCAGUGGAACAGAGGAAGCAGGAGAGUAGUCAGACAGGCCGGGGUCAAAGGGCAGGCACCAGGAACUCGCUGGGUCAAUGCAGGAGUCAGAUGCAGGAACACAGAUACAGACGCACAACUCUUCAUCCGGACAGACGGUGAAAAAGAUGAGGAGGUCACAUCGGAUUCUUCAGAAGGAAACCCCACGACUCCGAACCUCCGUCCAGCACCUCACAGAGCAGAUUGGUCGUCUAGUUCUCUUACUCAUGGAGAGUGUUCUUCGGAUCUGUCCAAUCCCAACACCCGUCAAACAACAUUCCCUGCUUCUGAUCGCGGCCAAUGUCAGAACGCCCAUCUCGCUUCUCACCAGAGGUCUCAGGCAGGGAAGGAGCCGUAUUCGUGUUCCGCGUGCGGGAAAAGUUUCACUUCCAAAUGGUCUCUUAUAAGACACCAAAGAGUUCACUCGGGGGAGAAGCCGUAUUCAUGUUCGGAGUGUGGGAAGUGUUUUUCCCUCAUGGACCAUCUUAUUAAUCACGAGAGAACGCACACCGGAGAGAAGCCAUUCUCAUGUCCUAAAUGCGGGAAAUGCUUUACCCAGAAAUCGGGCGCACUAAGGCACCUGAGAAAUCACGCCGGACUAAAGCCGUUUACAUGUUCCGAAUGUGGCAAAUGUUUUCCCAGGAAAGGAGCCCUGAUCACUCAUCAACAUGUGCACGCCAUAGAUAAACCAUAUUCCUGCUCAGAAUGCGGGAAAUCUUUUCCCACCACGUCUCACCUGAUCCAUCAUGAGAAGACUCACGUGUCCGAAAAGCCAUUUUCCUGUUCUGAGUGCGGGAAGUCCUAUGCGCAGAGGGGGCAUCUUAAUUUACACCUCAGAUCUCACACGGGGGAAAAGCCGUUUGAAUGCCCCGAAUGCUGGAAAUGUUUUCCUCAGAAGGAUAGUCUUAUUAAACACCAGAGGUGCCACACGGGGGAGCGGCCAUAUUCCUGUACUGAGUGCGGGAAGUGUUUUUCCAGCAGACAAAGUCUUAAUUCCCACCAGUCGGCUCACACAGGGGUGAAGCCCUAUUCGUGUUCGGAAUGCGGGAGAUGUUUUCCCCGGAGAGGAGCCCUGGUCAGGCAUCAGCGUGUGCACACGGGAGAGAAGCCGUAUUCCUGUUCGCAAUGCAGUAAAUGUUUUGUGACCAAAGCUCAUCUGAUCUAUCACGAGAAGACUCACAUGUCCGAAAAGCCGUUUUCCUGUUGUGAAUGCGGAAAGUCCUUCCCUCAGAGGGGGAGCCUUAUCUCACACCAGAGAUGUCACACGGGGGAAAAGCCGUUUUCUUGCCCCGAGUGUGGGAAAUGUUUCCCUCACAAAGACACUCUGAUUAAACACCAGAGGCGUCACACGGGAGAGAAGCCGUUUUUAUGCCAGGAAUGCGGAAAGUCUUUUCCUCAGAAAAACUAUCUCAUUAGACAUCAAAGGUGUCACACCGGAGAGAAGCCGUUUUCCUGCACCGAAUGUGGGGGAUGUUUCUCCACCGUACAAAAUCUUAUUUCACACAAAAGAACUCACACCGGAGAGAAGCCGUAUUCAUGUUCAGAGUGCGGGAGAUGUUUUUCCUGGAAAAAAGCCAUGACCAGGCAUCAGGGUGUGCAUUCAAGAGAGAAUCCAUGUCUCCAGAUCUCCUCUCCUCCAUCACCAGCGGACUCGCAUGACUUGCCAUCAACCUACUUUGAUUGA